AUGGCCCGAGGAGCCCCAGGGGCCAGAUGCUGGGCAGCUGUGGGGUUGGUGACUUGGGUUGCCCUCGAGCUGCUGGUGUCUGGACUUGGGGAACACGCAGACCUGCAUGAAGAUAUGCAUGAAGAUUUCCACCAUCAUGGCCAUGGGCACUCACACAAAGAUUUCCACCAUCAUGAUCAUGGACACUCACAUGAAGAUUUCCACCAUCAUGGUCAUGGACAUUUGCACGAAGAUUUCCACCAUCAUGGCCAUGGGCACUCACAUGAAGAUUUCCAGCAUCAUGGCCAUGAACAUUUUCAUGAUGAUUUCCAUCAUGGUCACAGCCAUGCACCAGGACACCAUGGCCACACUCAUGAGAGCUUUUAUCAUGAUCCUGAUCCCUUGCCCAAAAGGCAUUCACAUGAAGGAAAUGGACACAGCCACAGAGGUCACACUCAUGAUCAUGGACAAAACCCUAGAGGCAUUGGGGAUUCUGAGAUUCUAGGCAGUGGGCAGGACUUGGACACUGUCAGUCUCUGGGCUUAUGCUCUGGGGGCAACGGUGCUGAUCUCAGCCGCUCCAUUUUUCAUCCUCUUCCUUGUGCCUGUGGAAUCCAAUUCCCCCCAACACCGAUCACUCCUGCAAAUCCUGCUCAGUUUUGCCUCAGGGGGACUUCUGGGAGAUGCCUUCCUUCAUCUUAUACCUCAUGCCCUGGAACCUCAUUCUCAUCAUGGAGAUGUGGACCAUCAACUUGAGGAAAGGCCAGGACACGGACACUCCCAUAACCACCAGGGCCCCAUUCUCUCUGUUGGGCUCUGGGUUCUUGGUGGAAUUGUUGCCUUUCUUGUGGUGGAGAAGUUUGUGACCCACGUGAAGGGAGGACAUGGACAUGGGCACGGACACGGACAUGAUCAUGGACAACAUGAAUCCUCCAAGGUAAAACAGAGCUCAGAUGAGGAAGAAAAGGAGAAAGAGAUUGGAGGGGCAAGGCGGAGGCGAGGAGCAGGCAGAGAACCCAAUGAUGGUCCAGUGAAACAGCUUAAAUCUGAAGAGGAGAAAGGGGGCUCAGACUUACGUGUGUCUGGAUACCUGAACCUAGCUGCUGACCUGGCUCACAACUUCACGGAUGGUCUAGCAAUUGGGGCCUCUUUCCGAGGGGGCCGGGGACUAGGGAUCCUGACCACACUUACAGUCCUGCUGCAUGAGGUGCCCCAUGAAGUUGGGGAUUUUGCCAUCCUUGUCCAGUCUGGCUGCAGCAAGAGACAGGCGAUGCGUCUUCAACUGCUGACUGCACUGGGGGCCUUGGCAGGCACAACCUGUGCACUCUUGGCUGAAGGAGGGUCCCAGGGAAAUGGUGCUGCUGGUAGCAGUGGCCCAGGAUGGGUCCUCCCAUUUACAGCUGGUGGCUUCAUCUAUGUAGCAACAGUGUCUGUAUUGCCUGAGCUAUUGAGGGAGGCUUCUCCCCUGCAGUCCUUGCUGGAGGUUCUAGGGCUGUUGGGUGGAGUUGCUAUGAUGGUACUGAUUGCCUACCUCGAAUGAGAGGUGGGAGACCCCUCCCUCUCUACCCUGUAGUUUGGGGUGACUUGGAUGAGGAGAGGGGUGCUAGCCAAAGGAAGGAGGAACCAGGUCCCAGAAAGGUAAAAGUCUAGAGGGACAAUGAACUUGAGUUGGCCCUACAGACCUGAAGGUCUCAGGGAGCAGUAGGCUUGAGAAUGAAGUGCCAGAAUGGCCUUAGUACUGAGAAUUCAUUGACAAUGGAGUUGGGUUUUAGGUGUGGAGGCUAAAUGUGACCAUGGUGUAAGAGCGGGUCCCAAGAAGAAAGGAAGAGGGAGCCACAUAAUAGGGACUCCUGUUACCUGUGUCCACCUUACCUGUUCUCAAGGGACCAAGCUGCCCCCAGCUGCGCCCCCCAUCUCUCCUCAUUUGGAGUGUGCCUUUCUUAAAGGCCCGAGCCUGGGCGUAGGGAGUGGAAGGGGGCGGGGUCAGGAUAAAGGGUAAUCGUGUGUAGUGAUUGGGGGAGGGAAGUCGUUAUCUUAAAAGUUUAGUUUUUUCCCCUUUUUUUUUUUUAUAUCAUGGGGGGGGUGGAAAUGGGUGGUGACCGGAAAUAAAGGCCCGGCUCUUUCACCCUA